AUGGAGCUCUCGGAUGUGCGCUGCCUUAGCGGCAGCGAGGAACUCUACACCAUCCACCCGACGCCCCCGGCGGGCGACGGCGGGAGCGGCUCCCGGCCACAGCGGCUGCUGUGGCAGACGGCGGUGCGGCACAUCACCGAGCAGCGCUUCAUUCACGGUCACCGGGGUGGCGGCAGCAGAGGGAGCGGGGGCUCCCGCAAAGCCUCGAACCCUGCAGGCAGCGGUCCCAACCACCACGCGCCGCAGCUGUCUGGCGACUCAGCGCUGCCGCUGUAUUCACUGGGCCCAGGGGAGCGAGCGCACAGCACCGGCGGCACCAAAGUCUUCCCCGAACGCAGCGGGAGUGGUAGUGCCAGUGGCAGCGGAGGCGGGGGAGACCUGGGCUUCCUGCACCUUGACUGUGCCCCCAGCAACUCAGAUUUCUUCCUCAAUGGGGGCUACAGCUACAGAGGGGUCAUUUUCCCUACCCUGCGCAACUCCUUCAAGUCCCGGGAUUUGGAGCGCCUCUACCAGCGCUAUUUCCUGGGCCAAAGGCGCAAAUCCGAGGUGGUGAUGAAUGUGCUGGAUGUGCUGACCAAACUCACUCUCUUGGUCCUCCACCUUAGCUUGGCCUCGGCCCCCAUGGACCCGCUCAAAGGUAUCCUGCUAGGUUUCUUCACUGGUAUUGAGGUGGUGAUUUGCGCCCUGGUGGUGGUCAGGAAGGAUACCACCUCACACACAUACCUGCAAUACAGCGGUGUGGUCACCUGGGUGGCCAUGACCACCCAGAUCCUGGCAGCAGGCCUUGGCUAUGGGCUUCUGGGUGACGGUAUAGGCUAUGUGCUCUUCACUCUCUUCGCCACCUACAGCAUGCUUCCACUACCGCUCACCUGGGCCAUCCUGGCAGGCCUGGGCACAUCACUACUGCAGGUGAUCCUCCAAGUGGUCAUCCCCCGACUGGCCGUUAUUUCCAUCAACCAGGUUGUGGCUCAAGCAGUGUUAUUCAUGUGUAUGAACACAGCCGGAAUUUUCAUCAGUUACCUGUCAGACCGGGCCCAGCGCCAAGCCUUCCUGGAGACACGGAGGUGUGUGGAGGCCAGGUUGCGCCUGGAGACAGAGAACCAAAGACAGGAGAGACUUGUGCUGUCUGUUCUUCCCCGCUUUGUUGUUCUGGAAAUGAUCAAUGACAUGACUAAUGUGGAGGACGAGCAUCUGCAGCAUCAGUUCCAUCGGAUCUACAUCCAUCGCUAUGAGAAUGUCAGUAUUCUUUUUGCAGAUGUUAAAGGAUUUACCAACCUCUCUACGACCUUGUCUGCUCAGGAGCUGGUCAGGAUGCUCAACGAGCUCUUUGCCAGAUUUGAUCGACUGGCCCAUGAGCAUCACUGCCUUCGCAUUAAAAUCCUGGGGGACUGCUACUACUGCGUUUCUGGACUUCCCGAGCCCCGUCAGGACCAUGCCCAUUGCUGUGUUGAAAUGGGCCUCAGCAUGAUCAAAACCAUCAGGUAUGUGCGGUCAAGGACGAAGCAUGAUGUUGACAUGAGGAUUGGAAUCCACUCAGGGUCAGUGUUGUGUGGUGUUUUGGGCCUGAGAAAGUGGCAGUUUGAUGUCUGGUCUUGGGACGUGGACAUUGCAAACAAGCUCGAAUCCGGAGGAAUCCCUGGGAGGAUUCACAUCUCCAAAGCCACACUGGACUGCCUCAACGGUGACUAUAAUGUGGAAGAAGGUCACGGUAAAGAGAGGAAUGAAUUCUUGAGGAAGCAUAAUAUAGAGACUUAUUUGAUUAAGCAGCCUGAAGAGAGUUUGCUAUCCUUGCCUGAAGACAUUGUGAAGGAGUCAGUGAGCUCCUCAGAUAGGAGAAACAGUGGGGCAACGUUCACAGAAGGGUCCUGGAGUCCCGAGCUUCCCUUUGAUAACAUCGUGGGGAAACAGAAUACUCUGGCUGCCCUAACAAGAAAUUCAAUAAAUCUGCUUCCAAACCAUCUUGCACAAGCUUUGCAUGUCCAAUCUGGGCCUGAGGAAAUUAACAAGAGAAUAGAACAUACCAUCGACUUGCGGAGUGGCGAUAAAUUGAGAAGAGAGCAUAUCAAGCCAUUCUCACUGAUGUUUAAAGACUCCAGCCUGGAGCACAAGUAUUCUCAGAUGAGGGAUGAAGUAUUCAAGUCAAACUUGGUCUGUGCAUUUAUCGUUCUUCUAUUUAUCACGGCAAUACAAAGUUUGCUUCCUUCUUCAAGAGUGAUGCCAAUGACCAUCCAGUUCUCCAUCCUGAUUAUGCUACACUCAGCUCUGGUUCUCAUCACCACAGCAGAGGAUUAUAAGUGUCUACCUCUCAUCCUUCGGAAAACUUGCUGUUGGAUUAAUGACUAUUUGGCCCGGAACAUCAUCAUUUUUGCAUCCAUCUUGAUUAACUUCCUGGGUGCCAUCCUAAAUAUUCUGUGGUGUGAUUUUGACAAGUCGAUACCCUUGAAGAACCUGACUUUCAAUUCCUCAGCUGUGUUUACAGAUAUCUGCUCCUACCCAGAGUACUUUGUCUUCACGGGGGUGCUGGCCAUGGUGACCUGUGCAGUUUUCCUCCGACUGAACUCUGUCCUGAAGCUGGCUGUGCUGCUGAUUAUGAUUGCCAUCUAUGCUCUUCUGACAGAGACCAUCUAUGCAGGCCUCUUUCUGCGUUAUGACAACCUGAGCCACAGUGGAGAAGAUUUCCUGGGGACCAAGGAGGCGUCACUCUUGCUGAUGGUCAUGUUCCUCCUUGCUGUAUUCUACCAUGGACAGCAGCUGGAAUACACAGCUCGCCUGGACUUUCUUUGGCGAGUACAGGCCAAAGAGGAGAUCAAUGAGAUGAAGGAGCUGAGGGAACACAAUGAAAACAUGCUCCGGAAUAUCUUACCCAGUCAUGUGGCCCGCCAUUUCCUGGAGAAAGACCGAGACAAUGAGGAGCUGUAUUCACAAUCCUACGAUGCUGUUGGGGUGAUGUUUGCCUCCAUCCCAGGAUUCGCGGACUUUUACUCGCAGACCGAGAUGAACAACCAGGGAGUGGAAUGCCUGCGCUUGCUGAAUGAGAUCAUCGCUGACUUCGAUGAGCUGCUCGGCGAAGACCGGUUUCAAGACAUUGAGAAGAUCAAGACCAUUGGCAGUACCUAUAUGGCUGUGUCAGGCCUGUCACCAGAAAAACAGCAAUGUGAAGACAAGUGGGAACAUUUGUGUGCUCUGGCAGACUUCUCUCUUGCCCUGACGGAAAGCAUACAGGAGAUCAACAAGCAUUCGUUCAACAAUUUUGAACUCCGGAUCGGUAUCAGUCAUGGCUCAGUAGUAGCUGGAGUGAUUGGCGCUAAGAAACCACAGUAUGAUAUUUGGGGCAAAACUGUGAACCUGGCCAGCCGAAUGGACAGCACAGGGGUGAGUGGCCGAAUCCAAGUCCCGGAGGAGACCUAUCUGAUCCUGAAGGACCAGGGCUUUGCCUUUGACUACCGAGGAGAGGUCUAUGUGAAGGGCAUCAGUGAGCAGGAAGGAAAAAUCAAAACGUACUUUCUCCUAGGAAGAGUCCAACCCAACCCAUUCAUCUUGCCCCCACGAAGACUGCCCGGGCAGUAUUCCCUGGCUGCAGUAGUCCUGGGACUUGUCCAGUCCCUCAACAGACAAAGGCAGAAGCAGCUACUCAAUGAGAACAGCAACACAGGCAUCAUCAAGGGCCAUUACAACCGGCGGACUUUGUUGACACCCACUGGGCCAGAGCCUGGAGCCCAAGCUGAAGGCACCGACAAAUCCGAUUUGCCAUAA